UCGCCAUCAUCAUCAACCUCAUCAUCAGUCAACCAAGCUAAGAUAUCCAUAAGUAUCAAUAAGAGUAUAAUAACCUUCCUAUCGGAUUUCGAAUAUCAUUCAAAGAAGAGCUCUCUCAGGCGUUUUUUCGCUCCAACAUAAAUAAUCUCAAAUAACCAUUCUUGACACCCGCAUCUAAACCGAAUAUCAGUAGCACAUAACAACAUGAGCACUCAAGUUGAAUCUAUCGAGCAAUUCGACUUCAUCGUCGUUGGAGGAGGCACUGCCGGUUGCGCCGUCGCUGGUCGUCUAGCCGAGUCACCUAAUGUCCGUGUCUUGGUUAUCGAGGCCGGUAUCAGCAAUCCCAAAGAUAUCGACGCCAUCACGACGCCCGCUCGAGCCUUCGAGCUGCGCGACAGCAAGUACGACUGGGCCUAUAAGACGACCAUGAUCGACCGCCCCGACUACACACGCGUCGAAAAGCCCAACACCCGCGGAAAGACCCUCGGCGGUUCUAGCUGUCUCAAUUAUUACACCUGGAUUCCCGGUUCGGCCGGAACUUUCGACGACUGGGCUGCCUACGGCGGAGACGAGUGGAAGUGGGACAAUUUCAAGAAGUACCUUUACAAGCCGGCGACCUACCACGACGACAACAGUCUUUUCGAUAAGAAGUUGAAAUACAUCGGUACCGAUGGCCCCAUCCCCGUCUCGCAUUCGGAUCUGGUUCCCGAGAUACAGGGCUUUCGCGAUGCCGUGACCAAGGCUUGGACCAGCAAAGGCGGGGAGCUAACAGAAGACGUCCACAACGGCACCAUGCGCGGCCUCUGGAAAUGCACUAACAGCAUUUACAACGGCAAGCGCUCUUCGAGCUGGCUCUACCUCGAGGGCAAGAAAAACGUCACCGUCCUCUCCGGCACCAAUUCCAAGCGCUUGCUCAUCGACCCCGAGACGAAGAAGUGCGUCGGCGUAGAGGUCAUCCUGCCUUCGGGCGAGACGCACAGCUUCAGGGCCAAGUACGAAACCGUCGUGUCGUCCGGCGUGUUCGAGAGCCCUAAGCUGCUUAUGCUCAGCGGAAUCGGGCCCAAGGCCGAACUGGCCAAGUUCGACAUCGAGACCAUCGUCGAUUCGCCGCAUGUCGGGAAGAACCUACUCGACCACCCUAUCCUGCCGCACGUCUUCCGCAUCGAAGACGGCAACGGGUUCGACCAGCACCUCCUCAGGGCCGGUCUCGAGCACGACGCAGCCGUCAGCGCGUAUCGCUGGAACAACAAAGGCCCCUACACGUCGGGCCUGCUCGAGCUCGUCGGUCUCCCGCGCAUCGACGAGCGCCUGAUGAAGUACCCCGAGUACGUAGCGGCGAAGGAAGCCAACGGGGGGCUGGACCCGUUCGGGCCCGCGGGCCAGCCGCACUUCGAGAUCGACUUCGUGCCGAUGUUCAGCGACGCGUUCCAGUGGCACAUCCCGACCCCGGCGCGAGGGGACUACGUGACGGUGAUCGUGGACCUGCUGCGGCCGCAGAGCCGGUGCGGCACGGUGGAGCUCGGCAGCGCCGACCCGCUGGUCCAGCCCCAGAUCAACCUGAACUUCUUCGCGUCGGACCUGGACGUCCUGGCGCUGCGCGAGGGCGUCCGGUGGGUGGACGACGUGCUGAUGCACGGGGACGGUAUGCGCGACAUGGUCCGCGAGGACUACCCGUGGCCGAUGCCGCGGGCGUCCGACGCCGCGAUGGACAAGAUGAUCCUCGAGCGGUCGCAGACGGGCUUCCACCCGUGCGGGAGCGCGCGCAUGGCGCCGAGCGUCGGCGAAGGUGUUGUCGACGGCAAGCUCAGGGUGUUCGGCGUCGAGAAUCUGAGGGUUAUCGACGCGUCGGUAAUCCCCGUGAUACCCGACUGUCGAAUCCAGAACUCGGUCUACGCGAUUGCCGAGAAGGGCGCCGAUAUGAUCAAGGCCGAAUACCCCGAGUUAUACGCUUAGAGCUUUCUCUAAGCUAAGGGAUGAUGACAGAUCUGCCCUUUGAGUGGUAGUAUGGCCUUUGGGAUUUCAGGAAUUUCUAAUAUUGAGUUUGAGCCAUUGGUGAAUCAUGACAGGUACCUACUAAUAGACGGUAAUGAGCUUGAUGAGAGAAAGAGAUGGGAGAGGU